AUGGAAAGUGAUAAUGACGAAAGCAAUCAAAAGGGAGAGAAGGACACACAAGUAGCAAUAUUAUCUGAUAUAGAGACGGGACAGCCCAACGAUGAGGUAAACUCACGAGAAGGCCUAAAGACAACACGAGAAGGCCUAAAGACAACGGUGGAGGAACCCAAAAGAGGGCUUGAACCAACUGAUACAUUAAAGCUGAUAAGAAGAACUAUGGAGAGAACUAUAGACUAUAUAUUGAAAGCUGUAAAAGAUCUAUCUGCAUUUCUGGAAAAAAUUUCCCCCCUAAUGAAGAGCCUUGACAGAAUGGAAAAUCUAGUUCCUGUAAAUAACAACGCAGACCUACUUGAAAAAACACCAGAAGUGGAGCAGGCAGCUGCUGACAUGGCUCCCAAGAAGCCUGCUUCUGCAGAAGCCAGGAAGAUGACGAAGGAGAAGAUUACCCUUGAGAUGAAGAAGGAGAUAAUCAGGAAGUAUAACAGAGGCACGCGAAUUGUGGACAUCGCCAGGGAGUACGGGAGGAAUCCAUCCACCAUCGGGACCAUCAUGACGAUGAGGGAGAAGAUCCUUGCCACAGAUGUAGCCAAGGGAGUCACCAGGAUCAUAGAGGGAGAUGGCAGAUGGAGGAGGAAGGAUUUUGUACCACUUUAUCAAGAUUUUGAAAACUUUUAUACAAGAAACCUGUACAUGAGAAUAAGGGACAACUGGAAUCGCCCUAUCUGCAGUGCUCCAGGACCAAAAUUCAACCUGUUGGAACGUGUUUCAGAUGACUACAACUGGACAUUUAGGUUCACUGGCAGGAUAAUUAAGGAUGUCAUCAACAUGGGUUCAUAUAACUACCUCGGCUUUGCAGAAACGGACCCCAAUGCUUUGAAAACUGUGAACGCUAUGUUACAUAAAUAUGGCACAGGAGUAUGUAGCACCAGACAGGAAAUGGGAAACCUAGAUAAACAUGUGGAGUUAGAAAACCUGGUGGCACAGUUCCUGGGCGUCGAAGCAUCUAUGGCAUUUGGCAUGGGAUAUGCCACGAAUUCUAUGAAUAUUCCAGCAUUGGUUGGGAAGGGAUGUCUUAUUUUAAGUGAUGAAUUGAACCAUUCUUCACUUAUUCUUGGUGCACGGCUCUCAGGUGCUACAAUCAGAGUCUUUAAACAUAAUAAUAUACAGAGCUUAGAAAAACUAUUGAGGGACGCAGUAAUACAUGGACAGCCUCGAAAUCGAAGAGCAUGGAAAAAAAUUCUUAUUCUUGUUGAGGGCAUUUACAGCAUGGAAGGCUCCAUUGUACGCUUGCCAGAGAUAGUUGCGUUGAAGAGAAAAUACAAAGCCUACCUCUACUUGGAUGAAGCCCACAGCAUAGGUGCUGUUGGCCCAACGGGCCGGGGAGUUGUGGAAUACUUUGGAAUGGACCCCAGUGACAUUGAUGUAUUGAUGGGCACAUUCACCAAAAGCUUUGGAGCAGUCGGAGGAUACAUUGCUGGGAGAAAGGAACUAGUGGACUAUUUACGAGUUCACUCCCAUAGCUCCACGUACGCCACAUCUAUGUGUCCUCCUGUAGCAGAACAAAUAAUAAGAGCAAUGAAAUCCCUAAUGGGACUAGAUGGAGCCAAACAAGAACUUCAGAGAGUCCGCCAGUUAUCAGAAAAUACAAGGUACUUCAGACGAAGAUUGCAUGAACUAGGCUUCAUUAUUUAUGGCAACGAGGAUUCUCCUGUUGUCCCUUUGCUCCUUUACAUACCUGGAAAAAUAGGGGCUUUCUCCAGACGCUUGUUAGCCAAAUAUAUUGGGGUGGUGGUGGUUGGCUUCCCAGCCACCCCCAUCACAGAAUCCAGGGCUCGCUUUUGUGUAUCAGCUGCUCAUACACGGGAGAUGUUAGACACGGUUCUGGAAGCUUUGAAUGAACUGGGUGAUUUUUUGCAGCUGAAAUAUUCCCGACACUCCAGGUCAUCUCGUCCUGAACUGUACGAUGAAACAAGCUUUGAACUUGAAGAUUAAGCAUCCCUCCCAUGGAGAACCAUUAUGAUGUUAUGAGGGGAGGGGGAAUGGGGACCUAAACAAUAAGGAUGCAUUUCUUCUUUUCUAAGGACACAUUUUGCUUCACAGUUAAUUGAACCAAAAGAAGUUCUGUAUAUGUUACAGGGUUGGAUUCUGUGUGCAAAGGACUGGAAUAUUGCUACAGAUUCAUACCAAGGAAUAGAAGUUUUAGUAUUAUUAUCUUACACAAAAGACUUUAUUCCAUUAAGUUAAUUGCUACUGUGCAGAUUUUGUUACGGGCCUUUUUAUGAGAAGUCUUUGAAUAGUUCUUAAUUAUGAUUACAGUAAAUAUUUUAGAAGAAUGACUUGAAAUUUAGCAUGUUGGUUGAAGAAAAAAAUGUACUUUUUGAACUGGCUUUCACUUGUAGAGCAGCGCUUCUUCUUUGGAGUUCAUGUGAAUUUUGGCAACGGGAAAUGGCUAGCAAACAUCUCUUGGCCUAACUGGUAGGUAAACAGAUGCCUACCGGAGAAGCACUGGUCAUUCAAAAUUCGACUUAACAUUAACAAUUGCCAGCAAAAACGUAUGAGGGAUUGGGAAAGGUUGCCACUCCUUUUUGCCCAGUUGUGUUUUUUUCUAAAUGGUUUUUAAACAGUUUUUGAUAAAAUUUGGCAAUGGGUGGAGGCCAACGAAAAUGUCAGUUUUGAUUUUUACACAAUUAGUGCAUUGAAUUAUUUUAUAUUUAAAGCCAGCAACUCUUUUCUACUUGUUUGAUCUUACAGCAGGUGUUUUCAUACAGAGCUUUAAGAAACUUUAACUAGUUUGCAGUCUGAGUUGUUUUACAGUUUAGGAAUGGGGCACAUUAUAUUUUUGGACUACAACUCCCAAUACCCCUGGUGGUCCUGCUGCUCAGAUCAUUUUGGGAGUUGUCUUAAAAAGUAAUGUUUCUCUUCUCUGUUUACAGUACACAAAAAUAGAACUGAUAUUUAAAAGCACAUUUCCCCUUUACAUGCUAGGGAAUUUACAGGCUAGGGAACGCCUAGCUGUGAGUAAAGAACACUUUUACUUUUAAUUACACCGAAUAUGAUACUCAAGGAGCUUGCUUUUUGUGGCUGCUUCACCUGUUACUGAGAAAUCUUGGGUAUUGUUGUUUCUAUGAAGUAUACUUAACACAGUUGGAGAUAGUUAGUCAGUGUCUUUGCUUGGCUGUGAGAUGUAUAUAUCUCCAUUUUGUAAAAUGUUUAAAUAUCCAUUUUAGGAGCAUAACCAAUCAUCUGAAAAGGCACAGGAGACAGGAAACAAAUUGACUAUUCUUACAUGCAUUGUACCAACUUGGAUCUGAAACAGUUCUCCAGUCUUAGUACUUAAGGCCCUCGAAGUCUUUGUAGCUUUUAAUAAAUAAUAGUGAAGUAACUGUGGUUGAAAGUCACUUCUGUAGUUUUUGAGGGAGCUGCAAACUAUUCUGGAAUAUCUGAUAGUGCUGUAAACACGUCCGAUCAAGAGAUGGUUAGUUUUCUGUUACACAGAUGUAUUUUGCUUUCAUGUUUUUGAAUGCUGUGGUAUCCACUUAACCCACAGCUGCAAAAUUAGAUUUAAGAACAGAGCAAUUAAAUUGUGGAAUAGCAAUUACAGUAUACGACUCCCCUGCUUGUUAAAGGAGCUUUGAGGAUAAAGCAAGGCUGAUUAGUUAUGAGAUCCCUUUUUGUUGUUCAAC